UAAAAACAACAUUAGUAAAUAAUCUUGUGCGUACAUAACAGGCUUUAUCGUAAAAAAAGUAAAAGAAUUUUAUCCUUAAAAUAUAAUUAUUUUUAAGUCUAUUGUGCAUGAUGCAAAGCAAUAUUCGAAAGCCCGCGAAAUCUAAGGAAUCAUCGCGGCGCAAUAAGCAUUCGAAGAUUUCCGAUCGGAAGACUGGUACAAUGGAUGUGUUCGUGUCGCCAAAACGUCAGAAAAGUGACGAUCUAGAGGUCACAGGGAUUUCCCGAAGUGGCCGCGUAAGAAAGAAAUCUUCUAAGCUUGUUGAUUUUGAAUCGCCUGAUGACUUCUCGGAAAAUAAAUACAAGCGACAAAAAACGCAGUUACAAGCAUCACAAUUGUUGGAACAAUAUGAAGCACAGCAUCAUAUGUCUCCUAGUCAAAUUCAACAGACUCAUGCUGGACGACAGAGAAAAAAUUCAGGAUCACAUUCUGGACAGCAAAGAGUUAAAGCAGAACCAAUAUCUGAUAAUGAAGGCCAGUCAUCAGCAUCGGAUUCAGAUGAUCCCAUCGGGUUGAACGAAGAUGAACGAUAUAGCAUGGAUUCUGGAAGUGAUGAUGAAAUAGAUCCUCUCAUGAUCGAUGACAGAGAAACUGGAUUUAGAAAAUUAGAACCACCAGGUCAGGAAACACCUUCUCAAGCAAAUAGUUUAUAUAUGCUUGAAAAAUGUAAAAAAAAAUUAAUUAUUAAGGAUGGCAAAAUAAUAGGCAGAAUGAAGGCACAACGUAAGGAUAAAGGGAAAACAAGAUUUACUGCCUAUAUGUUAUGGGCUAAAGAAAUAAGGCAAGAACUACUGGAACAAUGUCCUUAUAUGGAUUUUGCUGCAAUUUCUAAACGAUUAGGUGAACUUUGGGCCACAGUGCCAAACCUGGAGAAAUAUAACUGGCGUAGACGCGCGAAGCGUUUAGCAGCAAAACCUCAUUCUAUGCCUACCAAUAAAGAUGAGUCUGUUUGGAAAAUGCCACCACCUGCUUCUCGAAAAAAGUUCAUAAAUAAAAUUGGUAAUGGAAAAGAAACUAAACCAAUCUCUUCGAAAAAAACUCUUCAGUUAGGCGUACCUUCUGUUAUAGGAAAUGUACCUGUGUCACCUCCAACAAAUAAAGGUGGGAAAGAUUUGGUUAAUGAACCUAUAAUAGGUACAGGAAUGUACAAAGUAAUUGGAACACAACCCAUUGAUGUUGCGGCACAUCUCAAAUUACUUGGUGAAAGUUUAACCAUUAUAGGUGAACGUUUAAAAGAACAUGACGGUCAAAUAGCAGUUUCGGGUAGUUUGUCGGUAUUAUUGGACUCGUUGCUCUGUGCAUUAGGUCCUUUGAUAUGUCUUACACAACAGGUACCAGAAAUUAAUGGAGCCCAACACGAAACAUUAUCACAAAUGCUUGAUAAUAUCGCAUAUCUUAUGCCUGGUUUGUAAUAUAGAUAUUAUAUGGAAACGCGUGUAAAUAUAGAAAAUAGCUAAAUAUAAAUAAAUCAAUAAUACGUU